AUGGCGGACCGUGAACUGAGACGAUCGCCAACACAAAUCGGCCAUUCCCCUAUGAUUGGUAAACGGCAAAACACAGCGCCACGGUGCAAAGUCAAAUGUUCGUUCAAGGAGAGUGCAUGUUCAUGGACAUUUGCCAAUUGGAAACUCAUAAAUGGGAAGAUUAUCACUGAAGCUCAAUCUGAAGCUUGGCUCCAAAGCGAACCGGUCCUGUUACCAUUGAACGCGCACUUCGAAUUCGACAUGUCCAUGAGAUUUUCACCUUUACCGUCAAAAUUUCUUAUUAAAACAUCGACUCGACAAGGGCAAUCCGUGGCGGUAACAAAUACGAAUAUCGUCGACGGAGAUGGACGAGAUCUAGCGUGUGGUGGAGACCUGGAGGUGAUUCGCCCACGCAGCGAUAAUUUCAUACGUCUGACUGCGAUUCAAAAACUCGAUCCAGCCGAUAACCAGGCAUUCAAACCUUCAAAGCUGUUCAUGGGGCCCACAUCGACUUCGAAUCCUCUGCUUCGUGCAUCUCGAAACUCUUCCUAUGGUGGUGCGUUCGCUUUCGCCACUGAUUCAAAGAAAACACCUUCGUCACCUGUUGCAGCUCUUCCUAUUUCACCUUCAAAAGUAUCGAUAAGCAAUCCUCAAAGGCCAUCGUCGAUCUUCCACACUCAAACACGCCUGUAUGCAGAUGGCAUGGCUUCGAAUUUAGGCAAUAAGGCACAGAGACAAUCAGCUACAACCUCGUCGACUCCGAUUGUGGCAGUAACCAAAAAGCCAUCAUUAAUUCAAGAGGUCAUGGCACGACAGCCUCUUCUCAAGGAGCUAGUGAAGCAUCUUUCAAAGAAAUAUGGAUUCGAUGAUAUACCAGAUGAGCAAGUGCUUCUGCGCUUACCUCAAGUUCAACGAUUUCUUUCUGGUUUUGACAACUUACAACGACAUCCUGGUAACCAACCAAUCCAACCGCAGAAUUUCUUGGUAAGUGAAGUGAGCGAUAUCAGACUAUGGGCCCAGAAAGGUUCAAAGUAA